AAGAAAAGCCAGGGUGCAGAAGUUCAGGAGAACCUGCCUGAUGCUUCUCUCCUUGGCGUGAGAGCGCAGCCAGCCCUUCCCAUCCCGACCGCCGAGGACAGGCAGCUCACCACAAUGCCCUACACCAGGCUGCUGCUCCUCCUCAGCCUCCUCUGUGCCAGCGAGACCAGCCGGGCUCUCCGCCUCUACAACACAGCCUCCAUCUUCAGCUGCCUGAACGCAGCCCUUGCUGAAGCCCAGAAGAGCCAGGCCGAGGAGAACACCGUCCUGGACAAGCGCAGCUUCGCGUCUCCCUCGCCAGACGAGGUGGCCGAGGAGGAGGAGGAGGAGGAGGAGGAGGCAGCAGAGGAUGAAGAGAUGGGGAAAAGGACGUUCCCGGGGGAAGGCCAUUACAAAUAUGUCUCCCAAGCCCAGGUGAAGGGGAAGAGCUUCCAAAACCGGGCCAAGAGCGACCGCCGCACCAAGGUCACCCUCUCCCUCGACGUGCCCACCAACAUCAUGAACAUCCUCUUCAACAUCGCCAAAGCCAAGCACUUGCGGGCGAAGGCUGCGGCCAACGCGCACCUCAUGGCCCAGAUCGGGCGGCGGAAGUGACCUCCCGUCGCGGCAGGGGACGAGGGGGGUAAGGGGACCUCGGAGCGCUGCUGGCUACACCUGGGGCCGCCAGCCAGCCCCCAGCCCGCUGGCCAGAGGGGACUGAUGGCCGCGUAGGGUAUCAGUGUUGUGAAGUUCUGACCCAUAGAGCUGCCUAACUUUCAUGUCUCUUCUUCCUCCUUCUCUCCUUCCUGAUCUCCUCCAUCACUGCUCCUGGACAUUUCCAUGCGUGGGGAAGAGGCUUGUGUCCAAGGCAGGGGGAGGUGUGGGGGGAGUGUGUCACCUCUGGAAGAUCCCUGAUUAAAGCUACAGUC